AUGAGAAGACUAUCAGAUUAUUACGGACCUCAAUUUUACAAGUACUCUGCCCGCCGAAGGCACAUUGAAAAGCUUGUUCUUCGAAUGCAGAAUGAGCAACCUAAGCAUCAUGGCAAACAUUCUUUAAGAAUACUUGGGGGCAACGUUAGUGAUACCAGUAACUAUCCAUAUAUGGCUGCAAUAAUUAUAAACGGAAGAUUAUGGUGUGCAGGAGCAAUUGUAGAUGUCAAUUGGGUGCUAACUGCUGCUCAUUGUUUGAACUAUGUUCUUCACGUAUCACCACUCAAAAAUUUGGGUAAGUACGUAAAGAUACGAGUAGGAAGUACUCGUCCUCACGAAGGUGGCAUUUUGGUUGACGUCGCGGGAGCUGUCAGACAUCCCAAGUUCGAGGAGGAACCGGUACCACAUGCUGACGUCGCGUUAUUGAAGCUCAAGGAAAAUCUUCCGUUGGGUACACUCGUGAAUAUUAUUAAGAUAUACCAAGGGACGGUGCAGCCCUUCGCUCAGAGUUUUGUCUCCGUGUCGGGUUGGGGCGCCAGUAAGGGUUCAUAUACAGCCUUCAAAGAUCCCACUCCAGAUCUCAUGACAGCUCGACUGAAAGUGCGAACGCAACACUUUUGCACAGAUGCGUACCAGCUGGUGAACGGCUUGCAGAUCACCCCUGAUUUCUUCUGUGCUUCUCUUAGAAAUGGAACUAGAGACGCCUGUUUGUUCGACGCAGGCGCUCCGGCAGUGCAAGAAAACAGGCUUAUGGGUGUUAUGAGUUUCGGGCCAGAGCAUUGCGGCCACCAGUACCAACCGGCUGUGUUCAUUAAAGCAUUUUAUAUAAGAGAUUUCGUAAAAGAAACGAUAGCGGCAUACAAAACUAAUCAAGAACUGAUAGAAGCGUUAGCGGAAGCUGAACCUGACUUCUAUACACCUCACCCGGAGCCAGCUGAAGAAAUGAGUUUUUUGAACGAGGCUCCCCAAAUGAUUGAUGAAUAA